GUUAGGGAUACACAAGUGACUCAACGAACCACUCGCGAAGCACGAAACAAGGCUGCGCAUUUAGUGCGGCUCACUCCCGCCGCCUCAGAGCAAGGACAGUUUUGGUCGCUAACGGUUUACUCUUAACUACUUGACUUAUUUGGUUGGCAGCUUGCCCUUUAGUUGUUCCGCAAUUAGGGUCGCCAGCAGACGAUGAGGCCACCGCUACGAGGAGGCGGCCGUGGCGGGCGUGAUGGUGGUCGUGGUGGCUUUGGUGGUCGCGGUGGCGGUGGACGCAGCUUUGGUGGCGGACGCGGUGGAGGUCGCGGCGGUGGAGGCGGCUGGCAGGACUAUGGUCCUCCCGAGAGCGUUGUUGAGGCUGGCCACUUCACGCAUGCAUGCGAGGGCGAGGCUGUUGUAAAGCUGACCAACGAGAAGAUUCCCUACUUCAACGCGCCCAUCUAUCUGGAGAAUAAGACACAAAUCGGCAAGGUGGAGGAGAUUCUGGGCCCCAUUAACAAAGUGUACUUCACGGUGAAGAUGUCUGAGGGCGUUGUGGCCACCAGCUACAAGGCCGGCGACAAGUUCUUCAUCGACCCCAUGAAGCUGCUGCCGCUGGAGCGCUUCCUGCCCAGGCCGAAGGGCGCUCCCGCGCCGCGCGGUGGCCGUGGCGGCGGCCGUGGCUUCGGUGGCCGUGACGGCGGCCGCGGCGGUGGCCGCAGCUUUGGUGGCCGCGACGGUGGCCGCGGUGGUUUCGGUGGCCGUGGCGGUGGCUUUGGCGGGCGUGACGGCGGUCGGGGCGGCUUCGGGGGGCGUGGCGGCGGCUUCGGGGGGCGUGGUGGCGGCUUCGGUGGCCGCGGCCGCGGCCGGGGCUAAACCUCGGGCUUUCGUUGACGUGACAUCAUAGCUGACUACCUUUCGGGACACAUAUGAAUAGCUGUAAGCAUGUAUAUGGCGGCGAGGCACGGCUUCACAAGUCUAGAACCGCCAUUGCUGGUGCAGCUUCCCUCGCGUUCUUUGGUUUGGCACGUGCGCUGCCGCAAGCUUUGCCGGGUGGGCAAUGGGCGGAGGAGCGCAUGGCACACGGCGUUGCGUCAACGCUCGUGGGGGCUUUUGUCCAUGUGUGCACUUGUCCAUGUGUGCACGUUGCGUGUUGCGACGUUGACGAUGAUAGGGGGCACGAAGUGGGUUUGACCUGCGGAGACGUGGUGCUGCUGUGCUCCGCUCGCAGGGUACGGGGAAGAGAUGGGGUUCGGGAUAUGCUUGCUGUUGGCGCGCGCACGCGCUGCUGUAGCAUUUACAGGACUGAUUGAAGCGCCUGAGUCUUGACGUCGUGGCACGGAUGCGUCCGCCGCAGGUGGAUUCAGCGCUGGCUCGCAUAGCCCUUGGCACCUGACUGACGGGUACGUGGAUGUGACGAACGCGCGCACGGUGCUGACUAGUUCGCAAUGAUUUGGAUGGCGACUAAGAGGAGAAUGUGGUGUGCUGGAUGGCGUGAUGAUGACCACAAUGAUAGGGCAGUUGCUGGAUGCGAAAAGGGUAGGCACACGCAGGAGGAAGGAGACGGAUGCGCCACGGCGCGCCAUGGGCAUGGGAGGACUGGAGGUGGCAUGCGCCAUCGGCUGGGCUGCGGCCCUACUUGUAAUACUACACAAGA